AUGAGCUCCACGAUCGAGGGCCGUGAUGAUCGGGCCCGAGAGGACGACCCCGAUUUGGGUCCAGCAGACGACGACGAGCAGCUCCCCGAGGCAAGCAAUGGCGUCAACGGAGACGGAACGCUAGAGGAAGGCUUGGAGGACAACUCAAUGGCACAUAUAGAGGAGGACAUACCGGACUUGGCCGGCCAAAAUCACGCUUCAAUUGACCUUCCAGAGUCACCGCGUGCCGCGCAGUUGGGUCCGUCGGAUAGUGUCGACGAGAUAGGGUCUAACCCGGAUGAUACGCCAUCUUUGCGUGGGUCGAUUCCGUCCACACCGAGUAGUAGCGCCCUGGCGUUUCGUGGCUCACCGCGACCAAGCCCCAGUCCGUCGCACCGCCCUUUUGACCUUCGGUUCCAAUCUAGAUUGUCUUCUUCAUCGCCUGGCAGCAUCCGACCGUCCUCGCCUUUUCUCACAAAGUUCCACUCACGCAAGUCGUCGCUCACAAGCCGGUUAUCCCCGGCUACUAUCGAGUCCGACCCCGACCUUCAGCAGGAGCCAUGGGAAGUUGUGCGCUGGACAAAACUGAGAAAGAUCACUGGUCAGGCGUUCUCAGAAGUUGGCAAGCGGAAUUUUGGCUCUCCGACGUGUAUGGUGGUAUCUACCUCCAUCGUCAUUGGAACCUCUAGAGGAAUCAUUUUGGUUUUUGAUUAUCAACAGAGCCUGAGGGCUGUCAUCGGGCCGGGUACAAAGGCUGUCGAAUGCGGUGCCAUUCAGUCGUUGGCGCUUUCUGCGGAUCACUCGACUGUUGCCGGAGGCCAUGAUUCUGGCGACAUAUUCACGUGGGAGAUAUCAAGACCGGCGCGACCAUUUCUUCAUAUCCAACCGAUACCCGCAAACCAGAUUGAGACGAGAACAUCAGAUGGUCAUAUUGCUAGAUCGCCAGUCAUACAUUUGGGCUUUUUGGGGACGAGGCGCACUGCACUUGUAUCCGCCGACAAGCGUGGAAUGGCCUUUUCUCACUUGGCGACUCGCGGCAUGGGUGCCAUGGGACGUACUGUAAAGACGACGAGGGUGUUAGGUCGCUAUCCACAGCCUACAGUGGAGGCGGCCGCUCGACCGCGGAAGCCGAGCUCUGUGCUUGCCUUUGCGCCUCUCCCCUUGGGGAAUGUUGAGCAGACAUAUGACUCUUUGGGCCUGGUCGCUAUGCUUACGCCUUAUCUCCUAGUCAUCGUCUCUACGACUCCUGUCGCCCAGACACAGCACAAAUCGGCGCGCCCGAAAGAGGUUGCCGCUCACGGAGCAAUGACCGGCGCUCUAGCAUGGUUCCCAGCGAUAAAGCUCAAGGGAAAGGACUCGGAAACCUCAAAGACAAAGCUCGUUUAUUGCUGGUCGAAUGUGCUAACCGUGAUGGAUGUUUCUGAAGUGGAAACAGACGACGACCCAUCCAGAGAUCGGCCUCCGAGUCUGGAAUUCCGUCCGCGGUGUAGAUGGAGGGCUGACGAGGCUAUUGUUGCUGUGCAAUGGCUGAGCCGAUCGGUAUUGGCCGUUCUUACCAUUACGCAGCAGAUGCUCAUUCUCGAGGACCACACAAUGCGCGUGACGAAUGCUGUUGACUUGUUAAACAGACAUAUUUAUCAUGUUGACUUAUUCUCAGCACAACUCCACUCCCUGGUCGAGCAGUUCAAUGAGCAAGAUACCUCGAUGCAUGGUGUCGUGGCUGAUGCUUUCUAUAUGAGCUUCCGCUCCUACAAGGGACGGCUGUUUAUGCUCGGUCACAACGAGAUGCAGAUCGGUAGCCUAUCAAAUUGGGCAGAUCGAUUACUUGCACUGAUGGAGGCCGGGGACUUUAUUGGAGCCAUCCGGCAGGCGACCGCGUACUACAGUGGGAACUCGGAGAAGCUCACCGUUGGGUUGCCCGAUGAGGAUGCCUUGCGACAGCCGAUAGUCCGUGAGAAGCUCUUGGAAAUGGUGUCCGCUUCCCUGAAAUAUGCCUUUGGACGAAAUACCGAAGCAUCCAACGAUCGACUCGAUCGACAACAAUUAGAGGAGCUAGCCGAGGUUUCCCUCUCGGCCUGCGUCUGCAUGGCUGAGGAGGACUUCCUUUGGGACGAGGUUUUCAACUGGUACGAAGAACAUGACUCGCAGGGUAUCUUCAUCGAUGCUCUAGAGCCUUUUAUCCACGAGGGAACAGUUCUCUCGCUCCCUCCGACAGCCGUCAAAGCUCUCAUCAACCACUUCAUCCUUACCCAUACUGCUAGCCAGUUGGAGGAGAUUAUCUGCCUUUUGGACACCAGCACGAUGGAUAUCGAUCAAGUGACGACACUGUGCAAGCAGCACAACCUUUACGAUGCAUUUAUAUACGUCUGGAAUCGCUGCCUCGGAGAUUAUAUUGGACCACUCCAGGAGUUGAUGAGGCUCAUCCCUUCUCAGCACGCCGUCACCAAUGGCGACUCGGUGAAUGAGCUCAAGCAAUACACCAACGCCAUGAAAGUAUUUCCGUAUCUUUCCUUCAUUCUAACUUCCCGUUCCUACCCCACUGGAAACGAUAUGGCGGAGGACGAGGCAUUCCGGGCCAAAGCAGCUGUUUACGAUUAUCUAUUCUCCGGGAACCAGGCGAGUAAUACGACGCAUUCCCAGGCGAAUGGAACUUUCUCUGCCCUCGAGGUACUCUUGCAGUUUGACACGUCUAGCUUUAUGAGUAUGCUCAACGAAGCGUUUGAGGAUAGCUUCCUCAAUGAGCAAGAUCCGGACGAGGUUGUUGUUCCUCACCAGGGUGUUUCUAUCAACCGACAGUAUUUGAUCAGCAUCUUGCUCCAGACUCUGACUCCACCGACUUUUGAUCCCUCUGAUACCAUUUACCUGGAUAUUUUCAUUGCACGAAACCUUCCCAAAUACCCGCAAUACAUUCUUCUUUCUGGCAGCACCCUUCACCAAGUUCUCCAGCGGCUAUGUCAAUACCCAAACGAAGAGAUGGCAGAAGACUGCCAACUAAGUGCCGAAUACCUGCUCUCCAUUUACCAUCCGCCAGACGUCCAGCAAAUGAUUCCUCUCUUCCGAAAGGCCCGCUUUUUUCGAAUCCUCAAGUCUACAUACAAGUCUGAGAAACAAUAUCCGGAGCUGAUACUCACCUUUUUGGAAGACCCGAGCGAGAAAGAUCGAAUUUUCACAUGUCUUCAAGACUGCCUGCGCCCUGGCUCUAACCUGGGCAAGAAGCAAAGACAGGCUGUUAUCAGCGUGAUCGAGACCCAUGCCCGUGAAAUUGCAACAAUAGAUGUCCAAAGAGCAGCAAAGUCAAUGCGGGACUUUGCGCCAGAGACCCAUGGCACUUUCAUCAAGGCACUGCAGGACGAUACCUACGGCCAGUAUGAGUAUCUGACUGUGGUCGUCGAGCGAAUGCAGUUUCCAACAACCGAAACACGUGAGCUCCAACCGAUUGGCAAUUGGAUGGUAGAACGUUACGUGCAGCUACUUUGCAAGUAUGAGCCUGCCCAGGUUGCAAAUUUUGUGGAUGCACUCCGAGAAGGUGACAUCCGCCUUGAAGAGUUGCUCCCCUCCAUGGAGGAAAGUGGGGUAGUUGAUGCUGCUGUUGUUCUCCUGGCCAGACAAGGCCAAGUGCGAGCCGCUAUGGAUCGACUCAUUGCGCAUCUAAAAACUCUAGAGUCUGGACUGGUGGGGAUUCUGCAGAGUGUGCAGGAGACACCAGACUCGGCUAGUACGGCCGAAGCAAUCGACGAUCUUAUGGAAUCCUUGAACAAAUACGCCAAAGUCGGAACAUGGCUUUGCCAAGGCCAGAGCAAGACGCCCAAGACUGCACGUAACAUCAUCAUUCAGCGAAACGGCAAGGUCGCCAAAAACAAUGCUCUGGAGCAGCCGUUGUCGUUUGACGAAGAGCUUUGGCUUGACUUACUCGAGGGUGUGGUCCGCAUUGCGAGCAGUGUCUUUGGGCAGAUUCAGCGAGGCAUUAUUGCAAAUGGAGAGGCGGCAGAGUCGGUGUCGCCGUUAGGAAACAACGCUUCUCAACUAGUGUCAUCGUUUCGGACCCUGGUGCAACAGGUCUUCACUAUACUCCUUUCGAGCACGGUUCGAACUAGCGGGCCGGCGGGUCCACCGACAGGGGGGGAACGCAACGAUGUUGCAUUUCUCCGCAUACUACGCGCCUUUUUAACUCGGGCAGUGCGUUGGUCUCCAUCACUACUUGAGCUCCGAGCUGUGUUGGCUUCCGUAUUCUCUGCCUACACUUAUGAAAAGUCACUGCUGUCGCUCGCCAAUGGAAUGCUAGAUAGAGAUCUGUUUGUGCAUGUUGAACAAGUGACACGACUCCGGCAGCGGGGAUGGCGGCCUCGUGGUCAAGUCUGCGAAGUGUGCCGGCAGCGCAUUUGGGGCCCCGGAGUCGGCCCCCAACAUUGGCAUGCCUGGGAGACAAGGCAAAACGAACUAGAGCAGCACCGCCUCGCGCGCCAGAUGGAAAGCCGAGUCGACCCUGCGUCCGCCAGAGGAAAAGGUAAAGCAGCAGCUGUUGCGCCGAUCGGUCAGCCGCCGCACCAUCUCGACGGGCACGUGGAUCCGAGCACAAGUGAUCAUGGGCUGAAACCUGCAAACGAAGAACAGGCUGGCGCGAUACCGGGACCCGUGGUGGUGUUCUCCUGCCGACAUCUGUAUCAUCGCCAAUGUCUGCUGGAUCUUGGUCAGUCGCAGCCGCCGCGACGCCGGCAACAUCACGUUGGAGAAUGGGAGAUGUUGGCAUGCGCUGUUUGUCCUGUACAUAGCGAAUGA